UCUGACAAGGCAAGAAAAGUUGACAAUUCUUUUCAGAGAGAUAGACUUCUUUUUUCUAGUAUUCCUGCAAAAAAAUCCCUCUUGAAUAUUUGUAAUGUUUUUUGAGCAUUGGCAAUUCACUAUACUUUAUUUUGUUUACAUAUCUUAUAAAAUCCUGUAUCUAUUAUGAAUAGAGUAAAAGGUAGAAAUUUGUUCAUAAUUCAUUUGUUCAUCCAAGAAAUUUUUCUAAGACACACUAUGGAUUGUUUAGCUUUUUUAGGAAAGAAAAGAAAUUCAGCUCUAGCAUGUUCUGCCCACAUAGUGUGAAGUUGCCAAGUCUAUAAUUGACAGUUGUAUUUAGCCAUAAGUAGUGAAGAAACAUAGCUUAUUUCUCAUUGAAAGUUAAGUGUUUUGUGUGAUUAGUUAUUUUUGCUUUUCUUGCCUUUUUUUCCUUCUUGAUGCCAUGGUGUCUGAUGGACCAGUUUCAUUUUUCUUUGUUUGCCAUUUCCUCCCCAAUUCCUGCAGUUGAAAGUCCAAAUGAACAAACAUGGGUGUUUUUUUUUUCUCAACCAAUCAUGCGGCAGUCAUUUCUCUACAAAAUACUUGGCUUAGGGGAUAAAAAGAGCACAGAUCAAAAAAAAUAAACAAAUUAAUCGUGUGCAGCUGGGCUGACUAUAUCCUUUUUCAGAAACUGGUCUGAGAAUAAACAGGAAGUAGUACCUACAUAGGGAAAAAAAGUUUAGUUCUUGUACUAGACAAAAAGAGAACCAUAUUUUCAGAGUACUUUUUUCUGACUUUUCUGACAGUAAAGUGAGUAGACAUGGUUAAAAAUCAAUCUAUUUUUUGUACAAUAUUGAUGCUUCCAGUAUUUAUGUUUAGAUUGAAGACUUUGACUGUUUUUCUUUUUCUUGUGUGGAUAUAGCAUUAGAAUAUAGGAAAGUAGUAAAAAUUUACUUUAUCUCAACUGAAGGAGAAUUAUUGGGAUAUUUUGAUAUACAAAUUUGACAUAAUAUUUAAACUUAGUGAUUAUAAAAACUAGAAAAAUUAUUUUCUGUUUAUUUGGAAGUAUUUGGGAAAAAUUACUUUCCUAUGUAACUUCUGUUUUCUCUCUUAUAUAAACUUAAUUCUGUUUCCUGAGUUAUUCAGAGACUUCAGAAUUCAGAAAUUUCAGAGAAAUGUUUUAUUUUUCCUGUGCCUUAGAAUCAAUUUUCAAGUAAUUUGAGUUUGUAUUAUAAUCCACAGCCUCGUUCUUUUUUAAAAGUCAUUUACUUCAAUGUGAAGGUAAAAUGGGUAUAAAGCAGAGAAGUCUGUAUCAGCAAACUCGAGCGCUUCUGCACAAGAAUCUUCUUAUGAAAUGGAGAAUGAAAAUAAAUAGCUUGUUGGAAUAUGGCAUCCCAGUACUUCUAGGAGUAUAUAUGAGUACAAUUGCACAUUUUACAUACAAUAUGCAUUUUUCUGGAAAGCCUCCUGAGAACCUGGGAAGGCUAGAUCAAUUUAAUAGCUCUUCUAUGACAGUUGUAUAUAUGCCAAUCUCUAAUACAACCCAGAAGAUAAUGAAUAGAAUAGCACUUUCUCCUUUUAUGAAAGGAGCAAGUAUCAUUGGGACACCAAAUUAUACCUAUAUGGAUGAUAUAUUUCAGAAGCAUCUUCCAUAUUCAUUGGGAAUCAUCUUUAAUGACAUUUUCUCUUACAACCUAAAAGUUGUAGACUAUUCAGUUCCAAUGGUUGAAAAAAGUUUAUCAGGUUAUUGCUUUGAAUCGUAUGAUGAUUUUUUAUGUGAAUCGUCCCUAUAUUGGAAAGGAGGUUUUGUGGCUUUACAAACUCUCAUUAAUGCUGUUAUUAUAGAAAUGACAACAAACCACUCUGUGAUGGAGGAGCUGAUGUCUGUUACAGCUAUAAACAUGAGGGCAUUGCCUUCUGUUUCCAAACACAGCUUUCAAAAUGAAGUGUUUAUUUUGUUCUGUUUAUUUUACUUCAUAUCAAUUAUAUAUUUUCUAUCACUUAAUGUUACAAGAGAGAGAAAAAAGUACAAGGAUCUGAUGAAAAUCAUGGGACUAUAUGACUCAGCAUUCUGGCUCUCCUGGGGCUUACUUUAUGCUGGCUUUGUCUUCAUUUUUUCCAUAUUCAUUACAGUUAUCAUAACAACCACCCAAACUAUAGUUAUGACUGGCUUCAUCGUCAUAUUUACACUUUUUUUCUUAUAUGGCCUAUCUUUGAUAGCCUUAUCAUUCCUGAUGAGUGUUUUGUUGCAGAAAGCUGCCCUUACAAAUUUUAUGAUGUUUCUUAUUACUCUCUUUUGGGGUUGUGUGGGAUUCACUGCAUUGUACAAACAACUUCCUUCAUCUCUGGAGUGGAUUCUGAGUGUUUGUAGCCCUUUUGCCUUUACUUCUGGAAUGAGUCAGAUUAUUCACCAGGAUUACAAUUUCAAUGGUAUCAAUUUUUUUGACCCUUCAGGAGAGUCCUAUGUAAUGAUAGCAAAAUGCUCUAUUCUGGUUUUUGAUGGUGUAGUUUACUUGCUAUUGGCAUUAUACUUUGACAAACUCUUACCCUAUGGAAGUGAACUCCACCAUUCUCCAUUGUUUUUCCUGAAUUCAUCAUUUUGUUUCCAACAUUGGAGGACUAAAAAUAAUGUUCUUGAGGAAAACCUAGAUCCUGAACAGCCCUCUGAUGAUUACUUUGAGCCUGUAGCUCCUGAGUUACAGGGAAAAGAAGCCAUCAGAAUCAGAAAUGUUAAAAAGGAAUAUAAAGGAAAAUCUGGAAAAGUGGAAGCAUUGAAAGGUUUGCUCUUUGAUAUAUACGAAAGUCAAAUCACAGCAAUUCUGGGUCACAAAGGAGCUGGCAAAUCUUCACUACUAAACAUCUUUACUGGACUAUCUGUUCCAACAGAAGGCUCAGUCACUAUCUACAAUAAAAAUCCCUCUGAAAUUCAAGACUUGGAGGAAAUCAGAAAGAGAACUGGUGUUUGUCUUCAACAUAAUGUUCAGUUUGACAUACUUACCUUAAAGGAAAACCUCAGGCUGUUUGCUAUAAUAAAAGGGAUCCAUCCACAGGAAGUGGAACGAGAGGUACAACAAAUUUUAUUGGAGUUUGACAUGCAAACUAUUCAGGAUGACCGUGUUGAAAAUUUAAGUGAAGGACAGAAAAGAAAGCUGACCUUUGGGACUGCCAUUUUAGGAGAUCCUCAAAUUUUGAUCUUAGAUGAACCAACUGUUGGGCUGGAUCCCUUUUCAAGGCAGCAGGUGUGGAGCUUCCUGAAGGAACAUAGAGCAAAUCGGGUGAUCCUCUUCAGUACCAAGUAUGUGGAUGAGGCAGACAGCCUUGCUGAUAGAAAGGUGAUAAUGUCCCACGGGAAACUGAAAUGUGCAGGCUCUUCCAUCUUUUUGAAGAGAAAAUGGGGCAUUGGAUAUCACCUAAGUUUACAUAGGAAUGAAAUAUAUGAUCCAGAAAAAAUAACAUCCUUUAUUAAGCAUCACAUCCCUGAGGCCGAAUUAAAAACAGAAAACAAAGAGAAGCUUGUGUACACUUUGCCUUUGGAAAGGACGAGUAGGUUUCCAGAUCUCCUCAGUGAUCUAGAUGCAUAUUCUGGUCAGGGUAUAAUGAGUUGUGACAUCUCUAUAUCAACUCUGAAUGAAGUCUUCAUGGAUCUAGAUAGAAAAUCCAUUACCGAAAAAGAUUUUGAACAUUCAGAAAUGCUGAGAGCCUCAGAGGGCAUAAAUGAAACAGAGCAAGCUUGCCCUUCUCUUCUCCAAAUGCGGAAGGCAGUGAGUGACCUGCACCUCUGGAGAACACAGGUCUGCGCGAUAGCCUGGCUCCGAUUCUUAAAACUAAAACGUGAGAGGAAGUCACUUUUGGCCUUGCUACUCAUACUUGCAAUUCCAUUUUUCUUUUUGAUUGUGGAACUAAUACUUUUGGCUGUGCAAAAUAACCAGAACUGGGAAUUUAAGACGGGAUUGUAUUUCCUGUCUCCUGGACAAGUUCCUCAGGAUCUCUGCACCAGUCUGUUGAUCAUCAAUAACACAGGUAAACACCUUUUCUUUGUUCUUCAAAGAUUUAGACUCUUACUUACUAUAUUUGUCUUGGUUUGUAUUAAGGAUUAUAGAUUUUCAGUUGUGUGCAACACCAAGAGGCUGCACUGUUUUCCUGUCCUUAUGAAUAUCAUCAGCAAUGGACUACUUCAUAUGUUCAACCAUACACAGUAUAUUCAAAUCAAAAGAAAUUUAUUUACUUUUGCCGAUAUCAUCAUCUGGUUUGGGUUUGAAGACUUCUCGUUCUUGUUUUCAGUAGUUGCCAAUAUUUCUCCUUACAUUGCCAUGAGCAGUGCUACUGAUUACAAAAAAAAAGCUGAUGUUCAGCUAUGGAUUUCAGGCCUUUACCAUUCUGCUUAUUGGUUUGGGCAGGCAGUGACAGAUGUUACCCUGUUCAAUUUCAUUAUCAUGUUAACAUAUGUAAUCGUCUAUGUAACAAAACUGAAGGGUUCUUCCAUUACAAGUCGAAUGGUAUUUGCUACGGUUGCUUAUUCUUUUGGUUAUUCAACUUCUCUGAUCUCCUUGACAUAUGUGAUAUCAUUUACAUUUUGCAAGAGGAAGAAAAACAGCAGCCUCUGGUCACUUUGCUUUUGUAUUUUCUUUAUAAUCACUGUCUACUUCUGGACAAUCUUUUACUUGGACCUAAGUAUACUCAUUCCCAGCAUGAUAUUGAUUCCUACCACUUCCUUGUGUGGAUAUCUAUUCUUUGUGGCAGAGAGAUCCUACUAUUACUCCAGAGAACUUCCUGAAGUAGUAUUUGACAUUAGAGGAACUGAUUUGCUAAUCUGCCUAAUACCUUUCUUCCAGACUUUGGUAUUUAUUUUUGUUCUAAGAUGGAUGGAACUAAAAUAUGGAAAGAAAGUAAUACGAAAGGAUCCUAUUUUCAGAAUUGCUCCCCAAAGUCGAGAUGUUCACCCAAAUCCAGAAGAAAUUGUGGAUGAAGAUGAAGAUGUUCAAGCAGAAAGAACAAGGACAUCAACUGCCCUGACAGUUUCAAAUUUAAAUGAGAAGCCAAUCAUAAUUGCCAGCAGUCUACAUAAAGAGUAUGCAGUUCAGAAGAAAAGAUGCUUUACAAAGUCAAAGAAGAAAAUAGCAACCAGAAAUAUCUCUUUCUGUGUUAACAAAGGUGAAAUUUUGGGAUUGCUAGGACCCAGUGGGGCUGGUAAAUCUUCCUCCAUUAGGAUGAUUGCUGGGAUCACCAAGCCAACAGCUGGAGAGGUGGAACUGAAAGGAUUCAGGUCCGUCACAGGUGACCAGGGAAAUAACACAGUCAGUUUCCUGGGCUACUGUCCUCAGGAGAACGUGCUGUGGCCACUCCUGACGACGAAAGAGCACCUGGAGGUGUAUGCUGCUGUGAAAGGACUGCAGAAGGGGGAGGCUGCCAUUGCCAUCUCACGAUUAGUGAAUGGUUUCAGGCUACAUGAUCAGCUGAAUGUUCCAGUGCAGAAAUUGACUACUGGGGCCGCAAGAAAGCUGUGUUUUUCUGUACAUGACUCACAAAUUAUUUUAUAUAUGAAAUUCCUACCCCCCUCUCUUAUUGUUGUUCUGUACUUUUUUAUUUUGCAUGCUAUUCAUUUCUCAACUCACUUCAGGCAGGCUAUUCAGACAGCUGUUAAAAACACAGAACAAUGUAUUCUCCUGACUACCCACAACCUGACUGAGGCUGAGGCUCUCUGUGACCGGGUGGCCAUCAUGGUUUCUGGAAAGCUGAGAUGCAUCGGCACCAUCCCACACCUGAAAAGGAAAUUUGGCAAGGAGUACAUUCUAGAAGUAAAAGUGAAGGAGGCUACUCAAGUGCCAUCAGUCCACAUGGAGAUUGUGAAGCUUUUCCCACAGGCUGCAAAACAAGAAAGUUGUCAGGCAGGCUUUGAUUUAAAAUCAGUGUAUUCUGCCAUCUUCAAGUUCUUGAAACAAAAUUUUAACCUGGAAGAAUAUAGCCUCUCUCAGUGCACACUGGAAAAGGUAUUCUUAGAACUUUCUAAGGAGCAAGAGCUGGAAAGUAUUGAAGAAGAUAAAACCAUGAGAUGGAAACACCUUUCUCAUUCAGAUGAACCUUAA